ACUGCAGGCCCAGGGAGGGCCAUGAAGGUGCUGUUCCUCACGGGGCUCGGGGCCCUGUUCUUCGCCUAUUAUUGGGAUGACAACUUUGACCCAGCCAGCCUCCAGGGAGCCCGUGUGCUGCUGACAGGGGCCACUGCUGGUGUCGGUGAGGAGCUGGCUUAUCAUUAUGCCCACCUAGGCGCCCACCUGGUACUCACUGACCACACUGAAGCCCUCCUGCAGAAGGUGUUAGGGAACUGCCGGAAGCUGGGCGCCCCCAAGGUCUUCUACAUCGCUGCGGACAUGGCCUCCCCUGAGGCGCCCGAGCGCGUGGUGCGGUUUGCGCUGGAGAUGCUGGGCGGGCUGGACUACCUCGUACUGAACCACAUCGGGGCCACCCCGGCCGGCAUGCGGGCUCGCAGCGCCCAGGGCACCCGCUGGCUUAUUCAGGUGAAUUUCUUGAGCUAUCUGCAGCUGACUUCCUUGGCCCUGCCGAGCCUGACAGACAGCAAAGGUGCCUUGGUGGUGGUGUCCUCCCUGCUUGGCCGCGUGCCCGCCUCCUUCUCCGCCCCCUAUUCGGCGGCCAAGUUCGCACUGGAUGGUUUCUUUGGCUCCCUUCGGCGGGAACUGGACGUGCAGGAUGUGAACGUGGCCAUCACCGUGUGCGUCCUGGGCCUCCAGGAUCGUGCUUCGGCUGCCGAGGAAGUCAGGGGCGUCAGGAGGGCCAGGGCGGCCCCAGGGCCCAAGGCAGCUCUGGCCGUGAUCCGUGGUGGCGCCACGCGGGCCUCAGGCGUCUUCUACCCGUGGCGCUUCCACUUGCUGUGUCUGCUGCGGGGCUGGGUACCGCGCCCGCGGGCCUGGUUCAUCCGCCAAGAGCUCAAUGUCACGGCCACGUCCAUAUUGGCUGCCUGA